UGUCUCUAGUCUCUACUGUCUCCACUCUUCACUUUUCAGUACUCAGUUGUAUUUCUGCCCUCUGGCUCUUUCUUCUUCUUUGCUUUUUUCUUCAAAUUUCUAUUUGAACAAAAUAAUAAGAGAACAUUACUCAAGUAUUUUUUUCAAUUUUUAUUUUAUUUAAUACUAAAAAGAAUCUUGCUGCAAUUUUACGCGUGUUAAGUCGUAGGCCAUAGCCUUUAGGCUUUUUCUACCAGUAAAACAUAUUUUAUUUUUCUGACUUUUACACAACAUAUCAACAGAACAUCAUGACUUUCCCUACUGCUGUGAAAAAAUCUGGACCUCUUACAAUCUCCAAAUCUGGAUCAGGAUCAAAGGCUUUAUCACCAGGAUCUCCUAAAUCACCUGGUUCUCCUCAGAUACUACCUGGGUCUUCUAAAGCACCGCUGGCUAGUAAGGCUUCUGAAAAAAUCAGUACUGGGUCUUCUGUGAAGAAACCAUCUGUUCCCUUAAAAAGCUCAACUAUUAAGAAUAUUACCAAACCUAUUGUUGAUGCUAAGUUAGAAGUUGAAAAAACUUCUGCUGCCAAAGGAGUGACAAAAUCUGUGACUAAACCACCUCCACUUAAUAUAAAAAUAACGGAUGCUAAAGGAUUGCAAUCGCCUAAAACUCCAACAAAAUCAUCAAUUAAAUCUCAAAUGUUGACUAAAUCUCCUUUGGUAACUAAGCCUGCAUUAGUUUCUAAAUCAACUUCGGUUUCAACUGGAAUGGUUAGAUCACCAUCAAUUACUAAAUCAUCUCAAGCAUCUGUCAUUUCGCCAAUAACUAAAUCUUCUCAAGUAACCACUGGAGUUAAGUCUUCAACUACAUCUCCUCUCCCAGUUAAAUCAACUUUAACACCUAAAUCAUCUGCUGUGUCUUCUCCAGUUGCAAAAUCUCCUCCAGUAGUAUCUAAAACAAAUUCUACAGUUCCAAAAUCACCAACAAGGAUCACUUCAACUCUUACUUCUAAGUCUGUAACAUCUACAGCAAGUAAAGAGAGCACUAUAUCAUUAAAAUCAAAAGAACAAACAAUUGUUGCAAAACCUACUACUCCGGUUAAAAAAGCACCUAUACUAUCUGUAAAGAGUUCUACAAGUGCUAAGAGCCCAACUACACCAACAAACAAACCACCUGUGAUAUCAAAAAGCUUAUCUACGACUUCUAGCCUAAAAUCAAGUUCUGUGAAGACACCGACUUCUCCUUUAAAAUUAACCAAAGAACCAACUAGUACUGCGAAGACAUCUGCUUUAAAGCCGACUAACAAUUCUACCGUGAUUUCCAAAUCGAAUUCUACAUCUUCAAAAGCUAUUGUUAAAAAAGAAUCAAGCUCUUUAUCGCUACUUUCCGUUAAGUCUUCUUCGACAAUAAAGUCAACUACUUCACCAGUGUCAAAAACGUUGACUUUGAAAGCUAACGUUACUCCAUUAUCAUCAUCAUCAUCAGUUACUAAGAAUUUGAUUCCAAAAUCACCAGUAGCAAAAACUAGGCCAUUGGCAGUUGUAAAAAUUCCAUCAUCACCUACAGUGAAAACUCCGCUAUCAUCAAGUGUAAAAACUCCAUCAUCGCCAAUUGUAAAAACAUCAAUGUCGACAGCCGCAAAAAUUAAAACUCCAUCACCAGCAGUGAAAACUAGAACUCCUUCACUAUCGUUGACAAAACCCCCUUUGUCUCCAGUAGUAAAAAAAAUGGUACCAACCAAAUUGAUAUUAAGUCCUGGACCAUCUAAAAGCAAAUCUCUUUCAUCUUCUAGACUCAAUUCAGUUUCUACUGAGAGUUUGGCUUCAAGAACAUCUUUAAAAUCUCCCAUGACUCCUAAAUCUACCAGAGUGGUUCCAAAAAGUCCUUCAAAAAUAAUUAAGAAAACUGAAGAACCAAAAGCUAAAGGUAUUCGUGGUGGACAACCAAUUAAGAAGACCAUAGAAAUCCCAGGAAUAACUGAGUUGCCUUCUAAUCAAGUUUCAAACGAACAAGAAACUCUUAAGUUUGAUUUUGUAUUAGAAAAUGCAUUUGAUAGUAUUUUGAAAAAAGAAAAUGAUUCUACAAUCACUCAAAUACCAGAUCAAGAUUCAUUAAGCCUUGAGAAAUUAGAAACUCAUAAAAUAGUUGAAAAUAUUAAUGAUGACUUAAAAAUUACUAACGAUUUUGCCAAUAAAGAAAGUGCACUUUCAAACAUAAUAAAUGCUCAAAAUAUUCAUUCAUCGCCAGAAGUUCAUGAAAAUAAUUUAGAAACUAUUGAAGAGGACUCAAUAGAACCUUUAGCAACACCAUCACUCAAUGAACAGAAACAAAAAGACAUUAAUAUUUUAUCAGACUUUGAAGUUGUGAAAAAGGACGAAUGUAUGCCAUGUUUAAAUAGUAUUUCUCAAUCUGCUAAUGGUUGUAGUAUUGUUUUUGAUGACAAUCAUUUUAAUAUAACAAAUGAAAAUGCCUUUACAAAUCAGUUGGAUGAAACACAAUCGUGCGUUAUAGAUAUAGAUGAUCACUUUGAACCUAUGAAUGACAAAUUAGUUCUUGGAGAUGUGCCAUUUGAAACUGAUUCAAGUCAAGAUGAUGUUUCUGAUAACGAACAAACUAUUCAAAAAGAAGUAGUCGAAAAUAAAAAUUGUGGUGCAGACCAAAAUGAUGAUGUUGAUGAUGUAUUUAUAUUCACAGAUAAUAUAUCAAUUAAUAGUGCCGAUAGUACUGAACAUUUUAUUCAUCAAUUUAUGCCAAAAUCAAUCAAACGAUCUGAAGGUUCAUCAUCUAUUAGUACAGAUGACGGAAGUCUUCUUAGUCGUAAAUCUUAUUCGGAAGCCGUUGCAGGAUCACCUAAAGAUGGAGAGUAUUAUUUUGACUAUGAUUUUGAAAUGGUUGAUGAUUGUUUGGAUUAUGAUGAUGAAGGACGAUCAGUAUUUGUUGAAGUAACAGAAAAGGAAUUUCCAGAAUUAAAACCAAAAGAUUUAUCUGGUAAAAGAAGAAGAAACAAAAAACAAAAGAAGAGGAAUUACAGUAACAGAACAGAAUCUCAAUCUGAUUCAAGUACUGAAAUCAAUUAACCAGAAGAUUUUGAUGGGAAUGAAUUUUGUCGUUACAUCAAGAUGAUGAAGGAUUGUUCGUUUUAUCCAAAUGGAUUAUUUUCAUCGGAUUCAGUCAAAUUAUCUACUUCAUCAUCCUUAUCAUGGUUAGACAUAUCUAUCCGUACGACUGAUGAUGACUUAACACCAUCUAUAGAGAACUUAAGUACCUAUGAAGUUUUCCAAGCAAGUAAUUUGAAUAAAGAAUUUUUAACGUCAAUAAUUGGCUCCAGCGAAUCAACUACAACAAAUGAAACUACCUGGUUUUGGAAAUCUAUUGAGGGUAAACAUCAACCCCACAAUAAGGCCAACAUAACACUUAGUCUUCAACCAAGACCUAAACAUUUAACUACACCUCGUUUCAUGAUUCUUUUGGCACUCAUUAGUGAGGCUAAGGGAUACGAAAUCAAACCAUUAUUGUCUGAAAAUUUUGUCACUAGAGAUUGCAUGUCAAGAUUUGAUGAAAAAAUUAGACGGCUCAUGGUUCAAGGAUUUUGGCUUAUUGGCCGUUUAAUAAAUGAAAGUUUGUCUGAAGAUGAAGAAGUGAAUUGUGGAAAUCCAUUCGGGUUCGUUGAUGGUGACAUUGGCUUAUGGUGGGCAGGAAUUAAUAUGUUGGAUUGGCAAGAACACUUGAAAGAAUGUGGUAGUCAAAACAAGGACUUACCUAACUGCUAUCAGUUUGUUAUUGAAAACAUGGGCAUGACUAAACAUAAUACAGCUGAAGCUCUAUCAAUCAUGAAUGCUAUGCCCGAUGACUUUAUGAGCGAACUGGAUAUGGAAAAUUUCAUACACACUGUGCGUAAUGUCAAGUAUUACGGUGGAAACUGUUUUGUUGACAGUGAAGAGAAUUUAGAAAACCAAAAUGAAGUCUUUGAACAGGAUGAUGAAGACCUUAUAGAAUGGGAAAAAAGCUCUGUUGAAAAAAUCUAAAUACUUGAUAUUUUUUACUAUUGUUAAGAUUUAAAAUAAUUAUAUAAAUUCACUAUUAAAUUUAACAUAUUUAAUAAGAUAAAUAACAAAUAUAAAUAUAAUGAUAAGAAAUAUUUAACUUUUAUGUUUAAACAUAAAUUCAAUAAUUUAACCUAUAUUAUAUUGUAUUUUCUAAAUUUAAAUUUCUAAAAUGGAACUAUAGACUAAGUUUAAUAAUUAUUGUAUUAUAUUAAUAUAGAUAAUUAAUAAGGAUUACUAGUAUAAUGAUAUAUUGCAUGUUAAAACGUUUACCUAACAGAUAAAAAAAAUUGUAAUAUUUUGACUUCAUUUUGAAAUACUAAAAUAUUAAAUAGCAAUAACUCAUACUGUGUAUAAAAUAAACUAUUUAUUAUGUUUAAAACAUGGUGUUGUAAUUUGUUAACAAUCAUAAGCACAAUAAUCAAUUUACAAGAGUAAAUACAAUGAAAAGUUAACAAACAAUUGCAUUACUAUCAGAAUCAAUAAGAAAAAUAAUAAGUAAAUGCAAUUAAAAUAUUUUAAAAGUAUUAAAUACAACAAUAUAUAAUUAUUAGUUAAUGAUACAAUAAUAUAACAUUCUGUAGAUCAUAAAAUAUCUUAAGUGAUUAUAUUGAUAGUUAUCAUUGCUGUAAAAAAAAUAGGAAACAUUGAUUUUUGUAUUAUCUAAUAACUUAUACAUAAACACAAAUAGAUUUGUUUUUCUAUAUUAGUUCAUUGUUGAUUACAAAAUUAAGUAUCACAAAACAAUUAUUACAGUCUGAUAUGAUGACUUUUGACAACAAAUACCUUAUAUGUUAAUUUUUACUUCUUCCAUAACACUAAAUAGUAAAUGGUAAAAUAGAAACAAUUUUGAACAAGAUUAAUGUUAAAAAAAAGCA